CCUUCUCUGCACGCACCUCUCGCUCUCCUGCUUGUCACCUGCUAAAUUCUUUUUCCAGUCCUUUACCCCAAGUUCUAGGUGAUGCUUUAGUCUUCGGGGAGAGAGGCAGGGCUGGCAACAGACUGAGGGCUGAGCUUUAACUGUGUUUUUUCUAAAGUGUGGUCCUCCGGUACCUCCCUGCCAGUCCUGAAUCCCAGGCUGCAUCAGAGUUCCUCUAGACCUCCACAGUCCCUAUCUUGGCACUGGGUGUGAAUAGGCGGUGUAAUUCCUCUGAGGGACCAGCUCUGCCUCCAGGCCACCGGACCAGCGUAUGUCCUAGUCUGAGAAGUUGGUGGCACUCCCAUGGCCCCAGAUGACUGUUGGCAAGAUCCCUAUGGGCCUCAGUAUUUAGCCAAACACAUAUGCUUCUUUUUGCACAACAGAUGGGUUCUUAUACAAGAUGUAAUAUCAAUUUUACCUCGUUAUUAAGUAGUUUUUAACACAUCAAGGAAAAUCAUUUAUAGGUGUCCCUUGAUAAAUUAUUUUAUAAAGUGAAUCAUUAUCAAAUAACUCUUUGACUUUUGUAUAAGUUAACAGUUUUGUGUGGACAAUUUAUUUGAAAUCCUUUCAUAAGAGGCUUGCCCAGUCUAAGAAUGGGUCGGUUUUUUCUUUAAUGAGUUGGUUGCCUGGGCACAGACUGAAUUUCUGAAUAGGGAGGGGGGCAGUGAGUGGGAACGCCACAUGGGGGCAGUGUAGAGCUAUCCUCUAGGCUGUGUGCACUCUUGGCCAGCCAAGGGUUUUCUAGGUUGCUUUUGAAGCAGAGAAAUUCCAGGUGCUGUCUACCAUAGGUCCGGCCACUUUGGUUCCAGUGUCGAGUCACACUCACAUAGAACACUCCUGCACAUUUCCAGGGUCCUUGUGAAUGUGGUGUGUCCCUUGGUUGGCAAAUGGUCCAAGACCACAAGCGCCUCCUGCCCUUAAACAGUCCCUUCCAAGCCCAGAGCGGCAGGAGUGCCAAGUCCCACCAGCUUCACACCAUGACGGCUCCAGGAACCAGUGCCAAGAGGAGGAAGAUGGCUGACAAAAUCCUCCCUCAAAGGAUUCGGGAGCUGGUCCCUGAGUCCCAGGCUUACAUGGACCUCCUAGCAUUCGAGAGGAAGCUGGAUCAAACUAUCAUGCGGAAGCGGGUGGACAUCCAGGAGGCCCUGAAGAGACCCAUGAAGCAAAAGCGAAAGCUGCGCCUUUAUAUCUCCAAUACUUUUAACCCUGCGAAGCCCGAUGCUGAAGAUUCUGAUGGCAGCAUUGCCUCCUGGGAGCUACGGGUGGAGGGGAAGCUCUUGGAUGAUGUACGUCCUGGCCCAGGUCUCUCCAGGUGUCCUGGGCCCAGUAAGCAGAAACGGAAGUUCUCUUCCUUCUUCAAGAGUUUGGUCAUUGAGCUGGACAAAGAUCUUUAUGGCCCCGACAACCACCUCGUGGAGUGGCAUCGGACACCCACAACCCAGGAGACAGAUGGGUUUCAAGUAAAGAGGCCAGGGGACUUGAGUGUGCGCUGUACCCUGCUCCUUAUGCUGGACUAUCAGCCUCCUCAGUUCAAACUGGACCCUCGCUUAGCCCGGCUGCUGGGGUUGCAUACACAGAGCCGCUCAGCCAUUGUGCAGGCACUGUGGCAAUACGUGAAGACCAACCGGCUGCAGGAUUCCCAUGACAAGGAAUACAUCAAUGGAGACAAGUAUUUCCAGCAGAUUUUUGACUGUCCCCGCCUGAAGUUCUCUGAGAUUCCCCAGCGCCUCACAGCCCUGCUGCUGCCACCUGACCCAAUUGUCAUCAACCAUGUCAUCAGCGUGGACCCAUCAGACCAGAAGAAGACAGCAUGCUAUGACAUUGAUGUGGAGGUAGAGGAGCCACUGAAGGGGCAGAUGAGCAGCUUUCUCCUGUCCACGGCCAACCAGCAGGAGAUCAGUGCUCUGGACAGUAAGAUCCAUGAGACGAUUGAGUCCAUAAACCAGCUCAAGAUCCAGAGGGACUUCAUGCUAAGUUUCUCCAGAGACCCCAAAGGCUAUGUCCAAGAUCUGCUCCGCUCUCAGAGCCGAGACCUCAAGGUAAUGACAGAUGUGGCUGGUAACCCUGAAGAGGAACGCCGGGCUGAGUUCUACCACCAGCCCUGGUCCCAGGAAGCCGUCAGCCGCUACUUCUACUGUAAGGUAAUGGAGGCCCUUGAACACGAGGCUUCCCUCUUCUCCAGUUCUAGUGAAUCCUUGCUUCUCACCUUCCAAUAGUCUUUGUUGCCACCUACGCUUAACACCUGUCCACCACCCUACAUCCCCAUGCAGUAGUCUCUGGGCUCCCAGACUCUUCCAGGGAAGGGGUGCCAGGAAGGGGUACCCCCUGGUCACUCACCAGGAUCAAUGUAACCCUGCCCCUGCUCACACUUCCUCUAAAGAUCCAGCAGCGCAGGCAGGAGCUGGAACAAUCGCUGGUCGUGCGCAACACCUAGGAGCCCAUGAACAAGCAGCACUGUGGACCAGCCAGCCACACUGUCCGGCAUAGGCCCUGGACUCUGGGCCUCCCUCCCCUGUUGCUGAGGGGUUGGGGGUGGGGAAGUGGGGAGGACUGGAUUAAAGGUCACUCAUCAGA